AAAAUUAAUAGCCACCCUCUCUGCCGCUGGAAGAGACCUCACCUGGCAGUCUCCUGCGAGGCUUCCCCGGCCUCUGAAGACACAGCGGCCCCAGCCUCGUGACCCCCGAGAUGGACCUCAUUAGCACCCCCGCCAGAGGUCUGGACAAAUUCAUCGAAAGCAAUCUCCUGCCAGACACUGCUUUCCGCACAGAGGUCAAACGUGCCAUCAGUAUGAUUUGCGAGUUCCUGAAGCGAAGGUGCUUCGAAGGUGCCUACCACAGAGUGCGGGUGUCCAAGGCGGUGAAGGGUGGCUCCUCCGGCAAAGGCACGACCCUCAGAGGACGGUCUGAUGCUGACCUGGUCGUUUUCCUCACCAACCUCAGCAGUUUUCAGGACCAGAUAACACAUCGGGGAGAGUUCAUCUCGGAAAUUAGGAAACAACUAGAAAAAUACCAAACACUUAAUUCGAACGAAAAGCUUCGCGUAGCGUUUAAAUCCGCGGGGAAUUGGGCCAAUCCCCGCGUGCUCAGCUUUGAGCUGAGUUCGCCCUGCUUCCCGGGAAGGACCGUGGAGUUCGAUGUGCUGCCUGCCUUCGACGCCCUGGGUCAGGUCAUCAGAUCCUACAGACCAGACCCGGAAAUCUACGUCAGGCUCAUCAAUGAAUGCACUUCUCAGGAGACAGAGGGCGAGUUCUCCACCUGCUUCACCGAGCUCCAGAAAGACUUUGUAAAGCGGAGGCCAACCAAGGUGAAGAGCCUCAUCCGCCUCGUCAAGCACUGGUACCAGCUGUGCAAGAAGAAGCUUGGGGGUCCCCUGCCACCACAGUAUGCCCUGGAGCUGCUGACCAUCUAUGCUUGGGAAAAUGGGAGUGGAGAAACCCUUUUCAACACAGCCCAAGGAUUCAAGACCGUAUUGUUAUUGGUUAUGGAGUACCAGCAGCUCUGCAUCUACUGGACAGAGUAUUAUAACUUUGAAAAUGCCACAAUUAGAAGCUACCUGAAUAAACAGCUCAGGAAGCCCAGGCCUGUGAUUCUGGACCCAGCAGACCCUACUGGAAACUUGGGUGGUAGCGACCCAGAGCGCUGGAGGCAACUGGCACAGGAGGCUAAAGCCUGGCUGGGCUACACCUGCUUUAAGAACUGGGAUGGUUCCUCUGUGAGCUCCUGGAAUCUGGCAACACUGGACAGAAAGCCUGAAGCAGAAAAAGUGAACUAUGCUGUGUUUUGGCAGGCGGACAUCACCUGGAAUCCAGGCCCUGGCUUCUACCAAUGCACGUCUCCUCAGCAAGCACAGGAAGGCUGGUCAUGUGUCAUCCUGUGACCACUGGGCAUCUGGCAGGGGGGCAACAGACCCAAAGGAUGGCCAGAGGAAUUUAAACAAGAGAGUGGCAUUUGGCCUUUUUUCCAUCUGUAUCCUAGUCAUGU